GCGUCUAGUAAGCAGUAGGUUGCUACUGACUUUACUGACUUGACAUGGUUGAAGACCAGGUCAAACCUCUUUUCUUUCCGGACUCGGAUGAUGAGGGUGUGCAGGCACUACCCCGUACUUCGUCGCCUGAACCCAGCGCGUAUUCAUCUGACAGCGGUCCCGGGCUCUUUUUCGCGGAUAGCGAGGACGAUGAGCCACCUAUUCAGGCUGAGAACUCGAUCGCAAACAAUGAGGAGAUUCCUAUGGAAGUAGAUAUCAAGACCAAAGAAACCGUCGACGGCCGUGCAUCUAGUGUCUCUAGCUCAUCCAAACUUCCCGGAAAUUCGCGAGUACCAUCAUCGCGUUCCUCUCCUGCGUUGGGGACAGAGGGACCACCGGCGAAGAAACGAAAGCUAUCUCCAGAUAGUGCAGUAGACUCCAAGGAAUCCAAGUCGGCAUAUCUCGGUUCUUUCCUUGUUGGCAACGCGUGGAGUACUGUUCGUGGCAAAGGCUAUAUCAAGUCUGGCGAUGAAAUCAGGGUCGUCCGAGACGGAAGACGGUCUUUGUCUUCGAAAGAAGAUGAUAGGAAGGCAAAAGUCAAGGAUAAUAAGACAAAAGGCGGCAAAAAGCAACUGUCCAUAGCAACUAUGCUCAAGCCUCAACCGGCGAAAUCGACCAAGAAGUUAGAAAAUACCGUUGUGCGAUUGACUAAGAAGGCUGGAUUCGAAUUUGGCCGACUUCCUCAGGACAUCGCAUCUUGGGUAUCUAAACUGCUUGAUCUUGACAUUGUUGACUUCCGUGGAAGCACGGUCAUUGACUGCCCAGACAACAUGCGUUCCGGCACCGACAUCAUAGUCAACCUACGCGUAUACAUGAAGGAAUCCGCUUUUCGCUCACUAGAGAAACCAAAGGAGGAAAUACCUAAAACAAUGUUUAACGAAGGUCAAGAGACAGGGGCAGAGCAAAUGCUUCGUGAGCGCAAAGGUGCUUUGCUGAAGCUCUUCGACAUUCUCAAUCUCAAGCCGAGAAGGGGCGCAACUUCCACUAAACAUCGGAACGGCCAACUGGAUACAGAGGACCUGUCCCUAUUAACCCAGCCAUCGAGAGCGAAUAAAGGAAAGAAAGUCGUCAAGACUGAAAUCGUCGGGGAUGGCGAAGAGAUCGAAGUCGAAGUCGACGGAGAGGAUUUGUCAGAGAACGAGCUGAACCUCAUUUACAAGAAGGCACAAGAGAACGACAAGACGAUGGGUGAAAUGGAACCCGCAGAGACUUUCUCACUAACACUCCGACCAUAUCAAAAGCAGGCAUUACUAUGGAUGCAUUCGCAAGAACUUGGCGAAGUCUCUGCGCGCGAAGCCAUGUCCAUGCAUCCACUGUGGAAAGAAUAUGUUAUUCCACUCGAACCUACGGACGGCAUAAUUGACCUGACAGCUGACGAGAAGCCAUUCUACUUCAAUGAGUUCUCGGGGGAACUUAGUCUCGAAUUCCCGAGAGCCGAGAGGGGAUUCAAAGGCGGAAUCCUUGCUGACGGUAUGGGAAUGGGCAAAACCAUCAUGUUGAGUGCCCUUAUCCAAACCGCACGGGAUCCUGAAGAACCCCUUCCAUCCAAACCCUCACUCAAGCCUCGUCAACUCAAACUAAACAGCGCCUUUCGCGUUGCAUCUAAUUCCUCUCGUCCCUCGUCUACCAAAGGGCCUUCGGUUACUUUGAUCGUAGCACCUACUUCUUUGCUCAACCAAUGGUCAGAAGAACUGCACCGGUCGAGUAAGGAUGGUACACUGAAGGUGCUUGUUUGGCAUGGGCAGGGACGGUUGGAUUUGGAUGCUGCUGUGGAAGGGGAUGAUGCGGUUGACGUGGUGAUUACGAGUUAUGGGACGCUUGCGAGUGAGCAUGCGAAGAGCGAAAAGGGAUCAUCGCCCGUGUUUGAGAUUGAAUGGUUGCGUGUUGUGCUUGACGAAGCUCAUCAUUGCAAGUCGCGUCAAAGUAAAACGGCAAAAGCGGUAUAUGCACUUCGUGCAAGGCGUCGAUGGGCAGUCACCGGUACACCAAUUGUCAAUCGCCUGGAGGACCUGUACUCGUUAUUGAAAUUCCUGAAGUUCGAGCCCUGGUCAAACUUCACAUUCUUCCGAUCGUUCAUCACUCUUCCCUUCCUCGCUCGGGAUCCGAAAGCUAUCGAGGUGGUACAAAUCAUCCUCGAAAGUGUACUUCUUCGGCGGGAGAAAACCAUGCGAGAUAGCGAUGGAAAGAGGAUUGUCGAGUUGCCGCCAAAAGAGAUUAUCGUGGAGAAUUUAGAAUUCUCACCUUCGGAGCGCAAGAUUUAUGAUUCACUUUACAAAGAUGCGAAGAGAAAUUUCGACAGAUUGAGCGAGAGAGGUCUCGUUAGCAAGAACUAUACCCAUAUCCUGGCUAUGCUCAUGAGGCUACGUCGUGCUGUCCUUCAUCCUAACCUCGUUCUUUCUGCCACGGAGGAUAAGAAGACUGGAUCCUCCAAGGAGGAGCCUAUCGAUGUCGAUGAGCUGAUCAAGAAGUUCACCAGCGAAGAAGGCAAUAACAACGGCAGUAGCUUUGCUGAGGAUGUUCUGGCAAGCCUCGGUCAAGAAGACAGAGCAGAAUGUCCGAUAUGUCUUGACGUGAUGGAUUCGCCGAUGGUCAUUCCGCAAUGCAUGCAUCAAUGUUGCAAGGAUUGCAUCGUCGCUUUCUUAGAGUGCUGUGAAGAGAAGGGCGAGGAAGGACGUUGUCCAACGUGUUCCAUUCGUCCGGUCAAGGAGUCAGACCUGCUCGAAGUCGUUCGUACGAAGCCGAAGACGGAAGAUGGAGAGACAGGUUCCACACAGACUGUGACCUUACGACGGAACGACUUCCGUUCGUCAACCAAGCUUGACGCGCUGGUGCAACAUCUUAGACGUUUGCGAGAUCAAGAUCCUUGCUUCCGCGCCGUCGUCUUCUCUCAGUUCACGUCUUUCCUGGAUCUGAUACGAACAGUGUUAGAACGAGAACGUCUCGCGUGGUAUCGGUUUGACGGCUCGAUGGAUGUGAAGAAACGCAGUGCGGCCAUAUCUGAGUUCAGGUCGUCGUCGCGGGAAGCGAAGGUGCUCAUAGUGAGCUUGAAAGCUGGAGGUGUUGGCUUGAAUCUGACGAAUGCCAAUCAUGUAUUCAUGAUGGAUUGUUGGUGGAAUGCUGCAACCGAAAAUCAGGCUAUCGAUCGAGUUCAUCGCAUUGGACAGGAGCAUACAGUAUACGUGACGCAUUUCAUUGUCUCCGAUACCAUCGAGGGCCGCAUUCUACAGAUUCAGAAGAGAAAGACUGCCAUCGUGCAAGAGGCCUUCCAUGGGGGCAAAGGCGAAAAGAACACUGAUAGCAUUGAAAACCUCAAGAUCAUGUUUGGCAAGGAUGUUUGAUGACAGGCUACAUUUGAUAAAGCCCGAAGCGCUUUCGCAUUAGUCUCGAUUCGUUGGAGUCCUUUGAAGUUCGAAUUGCUGAAGAUAUCCCAAAACUCGACGAGAGAUGGACGCCGGACUCAUUUUGAUUUUGAGCAGCUGCCGCAGCAGCGCCUGCCAUUGACCAUUGCUAAUAUUCUAUUAUUUCAUAGAUGUGUUAGACAGGCUGAACUUUGUAUUUUCAUAUGUCGUUUACUGUGUCCAUUGAUUGUGAAUAGGAAUGUGCUUCAUUGUACUUUGCA